UAACCAGUAAGCUGGAUUUUGAUAUCUUAAUGACAAUAAUAAUUAUAAGUACAAAUGAUGCUGAAAUGCAGCAAUUGAGAAUCUCCGCGCAAAAAAUGCGCUCAUUCGCACAGGAACAUGGCGGGACUACGGUUUGGUGCACCAUUAACCGGUUUAAACUCCCCAGUAGUACUUAUGCUGCUGACCGUUCCAAGGCGGCGCCCUCGAUCUGUGUUCCUCAGAUGUAUGUCUUGUUGUUUCAUACUGUUUUGGUGACACUUUUGUUUGUGUCCCUUGUUGUUGUCUCGUCUACGGAUUUCAUUUCUUGGUGGAAGGUUUUUGGAAGUACCAUGCGCCAGAGUACAUCCCAGUUGUUAUUUGGUUUAUUUUAUAGUGCUUACACAAAUUAAAAGCUGCAGAAAAAGUCCAAGGGCCAAUGUAUUAUUUUUCUGUGCUAAAUUUAGUUGGAUAGUAUUGUUGUUGAAAGUUUUAGCCACCAAAUGACUGU